UCCGUGGGCACGAGCAGUUGCAUCACGAUUGAGCCGCAGAACGCGUGUAUAUGUGCUCUCUGUUUUAUUGGCCAAACCUUGACUUCGAUGUCGCUCUCUUCCAAGCGCAAUGACUUCAGUAAUCAGGUUUGGAAGGUGAAGUGCGCCUGUUAAGAUGGCUGCACGAUGGAGCGACAUUGGGAGGAAAGUGUGGCACGAACCUAGAUACCCGAGUGGUUCACCGAGGGUGAGGAGGCGACGAAUCGCAUAGUCUACGACGCUGCAGAUAUAAGUCCGGGCGCCGCGACGUCCAUGGGUCGACACGGGCGCCAGGUUAUGGCCCACGACUCGGGGACUCGGACAUCGCUCAAUUUCAACCGACACCAGUGUAGGUUACGAUGCAUAUUUCGUUGAUUUUGAGCCUCACGGCAGUCUCGACGCCGCUGGUCUCCGCGGCAUUCGACGGGAACCUCAACUACCACAGCCCCUCGCGGCGCCAUGUGAAUCUCGGCAUUGACAUCCCUUUGGUAUCGCGCCGAAGCUUGAAGCGCGGUGCCUUGCCUCUUAAACCCUCCGAGUUGAACUUCACCCAUGGCAUUGCGUCUGGAGAUCCGUACCCUGAGAGCGUCAUUCUGUGGACACGGGUUGCGCCGUCCUCGGCGUCCGACAACAAAAAUACGACUGUCGAGGGAACGGUUCCACUGUACAACCAUGACGUCGAGAAGUACAUUAAGGCGGACCCUAACCCGAUCUGUGUUGAAUGGAAGGUUUGGGAGGCCGACUCAAAGUCCAAGGGUCGUCAUCCUGGGAACACCGGCCGCGUCGUGUCCAAAGGCACCGCUUAUACAACAAGCGACAUUGAUUACACGGUCAAGGUUGAGGCUCAGGGGCUCAAACCUUUCACAACCUACAACUAUCAGUUCGCCGUUUGCGGUUCCAACAACACCAGCCCGGUGGGAAGGACCAAGACGGCGCCCUCGGCCAACGCCAAACUGGAUGAGCUCAAGUUGGCCGUCUUCUCAUGCAGCAACUACCCCAACGGCUACUUCAACGCCUAUGGCAAUGCCGCGAGAAAGGACCAGCAUGACUAUGUGGUUCACUUGGGCGACUAUAUCUACGAAGGAGCACAGCAGGGAAACCGGGCACACAAUCCGCCACGCAUCAUCUUCAGUCUAUGGGAUUACCGGACCCGCCAUGGCCAGUACCGUACCGACCCCGACCUACAGCUCCUCGCUCAGAAUUUCGCCUGGAUUCCAACGUGGGACGAUCAUGAGGUUGCCAACAACGGUUACAGAGACGGGUUCAGCGCCCUGAAUAACACUGAAGAGUCUUUCCGCACUGAUGGCCCGUCCAUCAGUGUCGACCAACGCAAGAUGAAUGCCGUGAGGGCCUACUUUGAAUGGAUGCCCAUCCGGCAAGUAGAUCUCGACGACAACCUGCGCAUCUGGCGGUCAUUCCAAUUGGGCAGUCUGCUCGAUCUGAUAAUCCUCGACACGCGCAACUACGAUCGUAGCAUCACGAGCCUUGGCUGGAACGAUCACUACAUCGACCUCAUCCGCAAUGACGCCUCGCGCUCGCUGAUGGGGUCGCGCCAAGAGCACUGGUUCUACAAUCAGCUGAGCCAGUCUUCCAAGCGCGGCGCCACUUGGAGGGUCAUUGGCAGCCAGAUUAUCUUCUCGCAGAUUGGCUCGAGCGGCGACAACUGGAACGGCUACAUCGCCAACCGCAACCGGACCCUCCAGCACCUGUACGACAACAAGAUCGGCAACAACAUCUUCCUUGCUGGUGACAGCCAUCAAAACUGGGUCUCGGACGUCACAUGGCUCGGCCAGGAGAACUAUGACCCCGUUUCUGGAGAGGGAAGCAUCGGCGUCGAGUUUGCCGGCACUGCCGUCAGCUCCAGCGGGCAGAGCGGUCCGAUCCUGGCCGCGAGGGAGAAGGCGCGCUCUCAGGUCGAGGCCAACCAGGUGCUGCAGUGGCAAGAAGGUUAUUUCAGAGGCUAUUUCCUGCUCGCGGUUGGGGAGAAGGCGGUGACUGCUCAAUACUUUGGUUCGCCGAGUGUCGCAACACGCAACUCCUGGGAUCUUCCACUGGCCAACUUUACCGUGUCGGCCGGCGAGAACCACCUGUCGCGUCCUGUCGCUGGCGGAAACGUCGAGGCCGGGUUUCUCCGCGGAGGAAAGACCACGGGCACGAAUGUCACGCUCAACACUGACACGUUCCAGUGGGAGACGAUCGGGUUCGAGACCAUGUACAUUAAGUAGAUGGCAAUCUCUAGGAGUGAGACGCAGUGUGCAGAAACAAUCCAGAUGGAAGC